UUCGGCUUGUAAAACAGUAUCGAGUCUGACGGUGAGAGUCGCAUCCUGUGUUUGCACGUUGCACGUAUGUAACUAUAAGGCAUGCCAUGUUUAUCUUCAGCUUUUCUGUGGCCGGAGCGGUUAGAAGGGUCAUUUUAUCCAGCUCAAGGCUCAAGAUGACACUUCAAAAUGGAUCAGUCAUAUCCGCCUACAGCUGCUCCAGUACAGCUGACAAGAACAACAACAACCUGCGCUGGGAUUUGACCCCAGAAGAGAUCAGACAUCGGACAGAGAAACUGAUCCAGAGGAUAAAACAAGCCUAUGACACGGUCGGGUCAGUGGAUAUUGGGAAGGUGUGCUUUGAGAACACUCUGCAGGUCAUAGCGGAUGCCAAAGCAGAUUAUGCUGCUUCUCGUCAUGUGUUGGACUUCCCCCAGUAUGUCGCUCCAUGUAAAGAAGUCAGGUUUGCGAGCACUGAGGCUGAUAAACGUCUUUCAGAUUUCGAUGUCGAAGUGAGCAUGAGGGCGGAUGUGUUUCAGAGACUUUUAGUCCUGCAGGAAAAACAGUCCGGUGAUUUACUGCCUGAGUCAGAGAGAUUCCUGGGACGACUUAUAAAAUUAGGAAAACGGAAUGGUUUACACUUGUCCGAGGACAUACAAGAUGAAAUUAAGUUAAUCUCUAAGCAAUUAAGUGAACUCUCAAUAGAUUUCAACCAAAAUCUGAAUGAAGAAAAUACAACGCUGUUGUUCUCGAAAGAAGAGCUUGUUGGUCUUGCAGAAAGCUACGUGAACGGGCUGGAGAAAACAGAAGAUGGACAGUACAAAGUUACCCUUGCGUAUCCUCACUACUUUCCCCUGAUGAAAAGAUGUCAUGUCCCUGAAACCAGGAGGAAGAUGGAGAAGGCCUUUCACAGCAGAUGCAAAGAUGUGAACACUGCUAUUCUAGAAAAGCUAAUUGAGCUGCGGGCAAGGCUAGCCAAACUACUGGGCUUCAGCAGUCAUGCCAAUUACAUGCUGGAAAUGACCAUGGCAAAAAACUCAGAGAACGUGGCCAGAUUUCUUGAUGAGUUAUACGAGAGAUUGAGGCCAGUGGGCGAGAAGGAGAGGCAUUACCUGCUGUCACUCAAAGAUGCAGACUGUGAGAGGCGGGGCUUGGACUUUGACGGACAGCUCCAUGCGUGGGACAUGCCCUACUACAUGAACCAGGUGGAGCAAGUGAAGUUUGCGGUGGACAAAGACAAACUGAUCGAGUAUUUCCCUCUGGAGGUGGUGACCAAGGGCCUGCUGGAUAUAUAUCAGGAUCUGUUGGGUCUGACGUUCCAGCAAGUGGAAAACCCUCAUGUGUGGCACGACAGCGUCAAACUCUACUCAGUACUCGACUCUCUGACUGGAAAUCAGAUUGGACAGUUUUACUUGGACUUACAUCCUAGGGAGGGAAAGUACAGCCACGCUGCAUGCUUUGGGCUCCAGCCAGGGUGUGUUGGGCCUGAUGGGGAUCGUAGGAUGCCUGUGGCCGCCAUGGUGGCCAACUUCACCAAGCCCACCAGCACCUGGCCUUCGCUUUUGCAGCACCACGAGGUGGAGACCUUCUUCCACGAGUUUGGACACGUCAUGCAUGAGCUCUGCUCCAGGAGCCGAUAUGCAGAGUUCAGUGGGACGCAGGUGGAGACGGAUUUUGUGGAGGUGCCGUCUCAGAUGCUGGAAAACUGGGUUUGGGAAAAGGAGCCUCUCAGAAAGAUGUCCCGUCACUAUAAAGACGACAGCCCGAUCCCAGAUGCUCUGUUGGGCAAACUCAUCGCAUCUAGAGUGGCCAACACAGGUCUGAUGAACCUCAGGCAAAUAGUGCUCAGUAAAGCGGACCAAACGCUCCACACUAAAGAUCGAGCGGACACUGCAGCAGAGUUUGCCAAGCUCAGCAAAGACAUCCUGGGAAUCCCUGCCACACCAGGCACAAACAUGACUGCUAGUUUCAGUCAUCUAGCUGGAGGUUAUGAUGGUCAAUACUACAGUUACCUCUGGAGUGAAGUCUACUCCAUGGACAUCUUUUUCACUCGCUUCAAAAAGGAAGGAAUCUUGAAUCCAAAGGUGGGCAGGGAAUACAGACGUGUGGUUCUGGAAGCAGGAGGUUCAGUGGAUGGCAUGGAAAUGCUGAAAACAUUCCUGGGUCGUGAACCGUGCCAGGAUGCAUUUUUUCAAUGUAAAGGACUCACACAAACAAUUACAGAACAAAACUGACACUGGACUGUAAACUGCAGGAAACAAACUUCACUCAAAAAUACACAAUAUACUUAGAUCCAGUGACAUGUAUCAUUAGUUUUCUUUCUGAAAAUUAAAUGUAAUGUGUACAGUU